AGUUGAUACAAUAAUGUAGGCAACAUGAGAAAGAGAAGGCAUCCCUUUCUUUCCUUGAAGGGGGAAAGGUUUGAACACUAAGCAAAGCUUUGGCUCUAACUUUGCCCGUCUCUCUCUCUUUCUUUUUAAAACCCCACCAUCUAAUGUCUCCCACCUCAAACAUUCCUCAACAGAAACAAAACCAGAACUUACUCAUCCCACCAAAACAAAGUCACUCUUUUCAUCUUAUCCCACACCCUCUUUCCCUCUUUUUGUCUUUGUUUCUUUCCCUUCUUCUUUUCUCCUCAUAACUCAAAAGGGAGGGAGAACACAUGUGGCAAUAUCAGCCCAGAAAGUCUUGUUUCGGAGAAUCUAUCAAGGCUCUUGAAGCUGAUAUACAACAUGCCAAUAGCUUCUUCUCUUCCCAGAGAUUAUGGUGGGAAUUCUAUCCAAAUGAGAUUGUCUUACAGCCCCUUUGCCCCUCUUUUCCUUUAUUUCAUUGAAUGGAUGGAUUAUAGUUGCACUGAUAUACUUCCCAAUUACUUGGGCCUCCUCCACAUACUUGUAUACAAGGUAUAUGUUGAUGGGGUUCCUUCAAUAUCCUCCAAAGAACAAAAGGUCACUAUAAGGGAAUUUUAUGCUGUAAUAUACCCUUAUCUUAGACAACUUGAAGGCGAGUUUAACGAACUGGAAGAUAAUAAGAAGAGAAGCCAAAAGAGGAUGGAAGACAGGAAAAACCUCUCUGAUCAGGAUCUAGAAAGAGAUGAUGAAUGUGGUAUAUGUAUGGAAAACUAUGCAAAGAUGGUGUUGCCGAAUUGUGGGCAUUCUAUGUGCAUCACCUGCUUCCAUGAUUGGAAUGUGCGAUCACAGUCCUGCCCUUUUUGCCGUGGCAACCUCAAGAGAGUUAGCUCUACAGAUUUGUGGGUACUCACAAGAAACAGCGACGUGAUUGAUGCUGUAACCCUUGCAAAAGAGAACCUUAGACGCUUCUAUCUUUAUGUUGAAAAUAUUCCUGUUGUUAUGCCAGCAACACAUGUUGUGGUAUAUGAUUACAUGCUCUGACUUGGAGAUGAAAAUGAAGUUGCAAUCUACACAAAAUGCUGAAUACCCCUGUACAUAUAGUAUAAUAUAGAGAAGUUAAUGUAAAUCACCAUGGAAGGUUGACAAGCUGUUUCAUGGUGGCUGUAUAUAGCAACUGAAAUAGUGAAAAGCCUAUUUCCAGGUGAAAACCUAGCUUUGGACUUUGAAGAUUCUUGAUUGAGCUACAUCAAGGAGCAGCUGCCAGCCUCCAUCGAAUAAUGCACCUGAGAGUCUGUGACAGCGCUGGAUAUACUAGUAUUGAUAUAUGUAACAGUUAUGCCUGCCAUUCAACUCAGCAUUUUGAAACCUGAGUGUUGCAAUGGAAAUGGCAAGCAGUUUGCUGGAAUUAUGUAAUCUUCUGAUUACUUCAUAAUUUACUAUACAAUUAAUGACAAAAGCUACCAUAUUUACC